AUGAAUAGCACCGAUUUCACUGAUCCGCUAAAUUUGAUCGCUUCUGCACUCAUGCUUGUGGUAGGUUCAAUGGUUUCAGUGUGUCCGUAAUUCAUAUUUUUGCGCAGAACUCUCUUUUCGGAAUCGCUUGCAACCUGUUAAUUGUCUAUAUUUUCGUCCGAGCUCCUAGCGAAAGGACGUCAUUCAAUCUGAUUUGUGUCUUUCGGGCCGCUGGAAACAUCUUCAUUCUGAGCUGGGCUUUUCUGGGAACGUUCAUUCCAAUGACUCUUGCGUUAGUUACUAUAUAGAGAGUUCGUUAGUAAAUUGUGGCUUCUUCAGUGGAGAUUCCCUGUUCCCUCCGGUUUAUCAAUACGUAGUAAUCACCUCGGUGAACAGCAUCUACACGGCUCUCCAGUACAGUGGCACUAUCAUCGCUCUCAAUCGCUUCUGUGCCAUGUUCGUUCCGUUGUUCUACUCGAAACUUUUCAGUAUCAAAUCAACCGCGGUAAUUGCAUUAUUGAGUACUUAUCAUGAAAUUGUCCUUCAGGUUAUCCUGAUCCUACUACUUGGCUUGAGAAUUUCCAAAAUAUUCUACGAAGCAUCAACGAGCAUACGUAAACACAAAUCAGCGGUUGUGGAAUGUCUAUUCAUUUCAGCUCUGCAAUGUUUCUCAACUUUCUCCUCCUAUGAUCUUGCCUGGUCCCCGGAUUUCGAUCCGAAAUGCAACGACAAUACCGGAACAAUCGUGGAUAAUACGGCGAUCUUUCUGGGUGCUCUGCUCUUGUUGAACAUUGCCACUUUCAUUAAAAUCUACAUUUUCUACAAAGAAACUGAGAUGGACGAGAAAGAAGUGAAGAAGAAGAUGCGAAAGAACAAGAUCCUGUUCACUCAGACGAUCAUCCAAGAUGUCUUCUAUCUCAUCGACAUGCUGUUCACAUUCAAACUGAGGUAAAUACUCCAAACCCUCCGUUACCGUACCUCAUGCAACAUGUUUAGUGGUUUGAUCUCCGAAAGGUAUUGGACAUUCAUAAGUGGCAGUUUCAUUUGGCAAAGUGUGCACUCCUUGGAUGGGUGAGAAGACAUUUCGCAUUUUCUAACAUAUUUUUUAUUUCUAGUUUAAUCAUGCUAAUGUUCAACGAGCGGCUCACUUUUCUCAAGAGAAACCUCUUCUCUACUUCUUCCUCGAAUCCAUCAUUCGUCGGAGGGCAGCUCAAGAUCACGGGAACCGUGUCGGUGGUUCAGUCGAGGAGCUACUUGUCACGGAUCGAUUAG